UAUCUAGGCUAUACGUCUCUCAUUCUAUUCAACUGGUCAUGUGUCACAUCUCUCGUCCGCGUGCACGCGCUGUCUCACUCUUCCUCCUCCACUCCUCGCACUCCUCAUGCAUUUGUUUAGAAUUGUUGACUGAGGCACUUCGGAUUUGCUAUAAAUUAAUUAAUUAAUUAAUUUAAUAACUAUCGCCUAUAAAGUCUCCAUUCAGAUGGCAGCAUGUAGCAUCCUUUGACGUCUUGUGUAACUUCCAGCCUCCCUGGGCGAGCCGUGCGUUAUGAUGAAAGGACCGAUCUUCCACGAUCCGAUGCGACUCGUCGACCCGAGGCACCUUCCGCAAAUGAUGUCCCUGGAGGAGCGCGAGCCCACCAUGGUGGAGGGGACCCUGGGGCCCCGCAACUCCACGCCGCCCGGGGGGGAGGGGGCUCCGGGCCAGCAGCACCAGUCCUUCCCCUGGGUGGAGACCCUCCUGGCCGGCGUCCUGAUCACGACCAUCGUGGUGGAUGUUAUCGGGAACCUGCUGGUCAUCGUGUCCGUGUUCAGGAACAGGAAACUCAGGAAAGCAGGAAACGCCUUUGUGGUGAGCCUGGCUUUUGCUGACCUAGUCGUCGCCAUCUACCCCUAUCCGCUGGUCCUGACCGCCAUCUUCCACGACGGCUGGAUCGCCGGCUACAUCCACUGUCAGAUCAGCGGCUUUCUCAUGGGCCUCAGCGUCAUCGGCUCCAUCUUCAACAUCACGGGCAUCGCCAUCAACCGCUACUGCUACAUCUGCCACAGCCUCAAAUACGAUAAGCUCUUCUCCAACAGCAACACCAUGUGCUACGUGGUGCUCGUCUGGGUGCUCACCAUCCUCGCCAUCGUGCCCAACUGGUUCGUAGAGUCGCUGCAGUACGACCCAAGGGUGUACUCCUGCACCUUCGCCCAGUCGGUCAGCUCGCUGUACACCAUCACGGUGGUGGUGGUGCACUUCAUCCUGCCAAUCGGCAUUGUCAGCUACUGUUACCUUCGCAUCUGGAUCCUGGUCAUCCAGGUGAGGAGGAGGGUCAAGCCGGACACACGGCCAAAGAUCAAUCCGCACGACCUACGCAACUUCCUAACCAUGUUCGUGGUGUUCGUGCUCUUUGCCGUCUGCUGGGCGCCGCUGAACCUGAUUGGCCUGGCGGUGGCGCUGGACUCCAGGCUCAGCUGGGCAAUCCCGGAGUGGCUGUUCACGGCCAGCUACUUUAUGGCGUACUUCAACAGCUGCCUCAACGCCGUCGUCUACGGCGCCCUGAACCACAACUUCCGGAAGGAGUACAAGAGGAUCGUCCUGAUAAUCUUCAAGUUUCACUGCUGAGAGGAUACGCUGAGGAGAGGGUGAAGGAAACUUUAACUUUUGCAACAAGAAAAGGAUAUUGUAAAGAACACUUUGACAAAGAGGAAAACAAAUACAAGGUACUGUGUGAAGAAGAAAGAAAAACACUUUGUAUGCAAGAGAAAAGAAGAACUUUAGUAGCUGGAGGUGAAGGGGAGAAAAAGAGACAAAGUGAAAUAAAUGAUGCCACAGUGUAAGUUAUCUUUGAUGCCUUCAGGGAACUUGAGAGAAAGUAAAAAAGUAAAGAAAGAGGGAUGCAGAGACUAGAACAAAUCUUAACUUAGUAAUAUAUUUCAUCAUGACUUUCUAGGGGAAUGAAGUCAUGAAUUACUCUUCAAAGGAAAUUAUUGUAUUUUCAUCAACUUUAUACUUCAUAAUGUCGGGAUAUUCGAACAUUGGGAACAUCCCCCUGAUUUCUUUUUCAUUUGAUGCAAAACUAGUUUCAAGACAGCAUUCUGGGAUGUUUUUUUAAUCAGUGGACGUCAGAGGUGUAUUUAAAAGAAGGAGCGUAACUGUGACCACACCCAACAGUUAUGUCACAAAGUCCACCUGUACAUCCCUGCAGCGAGGUAAGAUGUUAAACAAUGAAGGUCAGCAGAGACAAGAUUGUUAGAGGGAAGAUUGUUAGAGCGUGUUAAGUUUAUCUAUUACUCUGUUAAGUAUUAAACAUGUAAUCAAUGGCAGAAAGUAUCUUAGAUCUGGCAACCAAAGGCUGGAUUGAUGGCAUAGUUUCAGAGGCCAUAGCCACGGUAGCUAUGCUAUAGGCUACACCAGGGGUCGGCAACCUGUUUCAUAUGAAAUGCCAUUUGAAAAUGUCCUUGUUAAUCGGUGUCUUAUCACCUGUUAUCAUCUACUAAGAAAGUAGAAUGGAGAAGAAGUCAAUUAAACUACAAUAAAUAACAGAUUGUGCUCCCGCCAAUGGCUUUGAAAGAGGUCAUUUGUCUUGCGGAUUGGAAUAUUUAAAAAAAUAAUAAUUAAAAUUCUCUUGCACACUUAAACCUAGUGUGCCAUUGGUUUUACUAUCACGUUCCUAUAGUUGCUGACCCCUGGGCUACACAGAAGUGGGAAAUUUAAUUAAAACACAAAACCAGCCAUAUUAUUUACACACCCAUCUCAUGACUAAGUUUAGAAAUUACAAUGCAACUCAACCUCAUUCAACAUGAAUUCUCUGCAUUGGCAAAUCAAGUGUGCAGGACGCAAACGCAGGACACGGAAGGGGUGGUAAGACAAAACCUUUUAGUCUGGAAAAGGAUGUGAGUUAGGGGCUGAUGGCAGGGAAGAGUGGAGAAAACAUUCUUCCCUGUACAGCUGGCAGGGACGUGAGCAAAAGGACAGACAGACGGGUGAUGAUCAGGGGACACAUAGUGAGACAGGUUAGUCAAAAGACCAAGAUAAUGAAUCACUAGAGAGAUAAACUAAGUUUGCAUGAGAGCAUAAACCCCCGCUGGGGUUGAAACAACAAUCUGGCAAAGAAUGGUUGAAGAGCUGCCGGCACACACACUGCGAGCUGCUGAGCAGACGGGGAGAGGUGAUGAGCCAGUUGCAGACAUGUGCAUCAUUAGCAGAGCCGGUCAAACCUUCUCCCAAUUCCAGAUUUUGCACCACCAAAGCUCCUCCUAUCGCCUUUAUGACUGCCGUUCCAAUCUGCUGAGGGUGGGAUUAAGAUGCGAGGAAGGCGAGGAUUGGAAUCAGGGAAGCACAGAGUGGGAAUCGGGAGAGGUCCGAGGAAAGGAGACCACGGCCAACACACAAGCAGACAGAGGGAUGGGAACACAGCAAACACAAGCCAAAGGCCUAGGGAAUCUUCUCUGGGCACAGCCAACGGCCAGAACAAUGUACACCCCAGUAAAUUAUCUUACAACAUGAAUGGUGUAGUGUCUACCUCGCAUUAAUCAAGACUGUCUAAAAUAACGAUUUGUAAGGACUUGACACUCUUUUUCCCUCUCUUGUGUGAGCUGCUAAGGCGUUUUACUUUUUUUAAUUCUAUGGGACUGUGUCACUGUCUUCAAAUCAAUGGCCUCUUCUACUUGGGACAGAAACAGCACAGAUGGGAUGGACUCUCCACCUCUGUCAUAUUUUGGAUUUUUAAUUUACUAAGACGAUAUGCAGAUGUUGAUUGUGUAAUGACACUUAAAUGAACAAAACCAGAGUGGAAGAAAAGACAGAACAAGGUGUCACUGCCAUUCAGAAGCAAUACUGUGUGCACUUUCAUGUCUGACUCGCACGCAACACUUCUCAUUUCCGUUCCACAAAACACACAAAAACA